AUGCCGCCACGGCGCAGACGGCCGCCGCGCCCUGGCGCUCUAGCAGACCUUCCACCGUUGCGAAUCGCAAAAGCAAUAGUUCUGAUACAGUUGUCAUAUUACGCUACGGCCCUAAUACUCAUCCUAUUCACGACCCUAACUCUCGGUCAAUCUUUCAACAUAUCCCUCCUCCUUGACUGGCGGCGGAUUCGAGGCGAUACCACUCUUGGCUGGGUUGUUGGCUUCUGCUUCGUUCUGACUGGCUUCAUCACGUAUGGAUCAUGUUCCCGUCCCUUGUCGGCUUCCACGACUAACAACAUGGACCUCAACAGCGUUAUACCAACUCUCCUUCUGACACGCCAGCUACCUUCAUCAUUGAUCCCUGACUUUUCUUUGACGCUUCACUUCUUCCACCUUCUGACGACAUCGUUCUACACCCGAACCAUUCCAACCAACCUGUUGUGGUGGACUCUGCAGGCUGCAAGUGUUGGACUGAUGGUCCUUUGUGGUAUUUGGGCGGUACGGUGGCGUGAAGUGCAGAACCUGAGGGCUUUUGGCGCGAAGGCGAACAAGGCUGUGGCUCGAGCGGACGGCGGUGGUGGCGAUGGAGACAUCGAGAUGCAGGAGAGGGAAGGGUUGAUGGGUCAGAGAGCAGACGAGAGUGUAUGA